AUCCGACAGCUACGAAGUUCCCAAAACGAAAGCUGUGUCCGAGGUACUGGACAGUCUGCUGGCUGGGUACGACAAAGAGCUUCGGCCAGGGAUAGGAGGCGAGAGAGUGGUCAUAGAUACGGAUAUUCUCAUCAAAAGUAUGGGACCGAUUUCAGAGAAUGAUAUGUCCUACUCCAUGCAGGUGUACUUCCGCCAGCGCUGGAAAGACGAGCGACUAUCCUUCUACCUGCCCAACAUCACCAGGCUCACGCUCAGCAACAAGUUCAUCAACAACAUCUGGAAGCCCAACAGCUACUUCAUCAACGGGCGCAACAGCAAGCAACACAACAUCACCGUGCCCAACGCUUUCGUUCGGCUGAGCUACGAUGGUAGUAUCUAUAUGUCGGUCAGGCUGACAGUGAACGCCCGAUGCCCCAUGAUGUUAUCUCGCUACCCGAUGGAUAAGGUGGUCUGUCCACUCUUUAUUGGAAGCUUUGGCUACACAACGGACGACCUCAUCUACCGUUGGGAGAACAAGGUGGACAUCGAUCCCGGCGUGGCACUGGCCCAGUUUGAGCUGGGGAAAAUCGAGCAACAGAACAUCUCCAAGAGAGGCGCCUUUGGUGAGAUGUCAAUCUUAGAGGUGUACAUACACAUGAGUCGUGCUGUGGGGUUCUAUGUUCUGCAAACCUACGUACCUUGUUACCUGAUAGUCAGUCUCUCGUGGGUCUCGUUCUGGAUCAACAGAGAUGCGGCUCCAGCUAGAGUUCUUCUAGGUGUAACAACAAUUCUAAGCACGGCAGCUAUUGGUAUGACCGUCAGAGAGGGUCUGCCACGAGUACCCUACGCCACGGCGCUGGAUGUGUUCCUCAACGUUUGUAUUGUCUACCAGAUGGCAGCACUGAUUGAGUACGCAGCAGUCAACUAUUUCACUAAGCUAAUGCCAAAGGAAGGUGGUGCUGAUGAAAGUGAUGAAGAAGAAGUUGUGGUAC